AUGACCCAAGAGGUUUUAACCUCAAUCCAUAAUUUGGACUACAGAACAAGAUGCAGCAAAAAGGUUCAAGACAUUUUUCUAAAGUUCAACAGUAGCAUCCCAUACUGGAAUGAUAAGGAUGAAAUAAAAUAUCAUCCUCAUCAUUUAGUACAGAUAGGCAUCUGCAAACAAGAAACCUAUAUGCCCAGCAAAGCCAUGGAAGAAAAGCUUGAAAGAGCCUAUAUCCUCCAGCUAGCAAAAUCUAGAAUUGAAAUCUUUAUCAAUAAGGUUUUCAGUUUUUCAACAGAUGACAAGAUCUUCGUCAAUGGAUAUGAUGCUAAUGAGAAGACCUUAAUCUACAGCAAAUACAGCAAAGAGAUUUCUCCGGCCAAUGAACAACUAUUCUUAGCCUUCCAAAGAUAA